AAAGCCCCGCCCCUUUCGCUCUGGACGUGUUUGUAUUUACAGCUCAAGUUCUUCCAGCUUUCGCCAAUAAACCGAGUCCGAUCGCUCCUGGACCGAACGGAGGGUAUCACCAUGGCCUUUCAGGGGUCCGAGGGAGUGGAGGAACAGAUCGAGGAGCCGGAAGACGCUCUGAGAGUUUCUCCGGCGGAGGAGAUGCCCGUCGACGGGCCUCCAGCGGUAGAGGAGCCGUUACUGCUGCCGUGGGACCGCUUCUCCUCCUGGCUCCACUGCAUCUGUGUGGUCGGCUUCGACCUGGAGCUCGGGCAAGCUGUGGAGGUGAUUUACCCACACCACUCCAAACUCACUGAAAAAGAGAAAACAAGUAUAUGCUAUCUGUCGUUCCCAGACUCCAAUUCAGGUUGUCUCGGGGACACGCAGUUCUGCUUCCGUUUCCGGCAGGCCGCGGGCAGGAAGUCGUCACUCGGAUGUUUCCUGGACCACUUCGACCGGGAUGCUCCGGUUUGUCUCAAGAGGGAUCAGGGCUAUUACUACGGGUAUGUGUACUUCAGACAGGUGCGAGACAAGUCGCUCAAAAGAGGAUACUUCCAGAAGUCUCUGGUCCUCAUCAGCAAGCUUCCCUACGUGACCUUUUUCCACUCUCUGCUGAAGCUCAUCGCCCCAGAAUACUUUGAGAAACAGGAGCCGUGUUUAGAGGCCGCAUGUAAUGACAUUGACCGCUGGCCCACGCCGUGUCAAGGGAAGAUCCUCACGCUCCCCAUCAUGGGUGUGGUCAUGAAGCUGCGCAUCCCCACGUGUUACGACAAGCCUGGAACGUCUCAGCUCGUCCAGUCCGCUCCGAGCGACAGCCUGGUGUCCAUCGUUCUGCCCACUGUCCACGAAGUGGAUCUCUUCAGGUGUUUCCAUCCAGUGUUUUUCCACAUUCAGAUGUUAUGGGAGCUUGUGUUGCUCGGUGAAGCGCUGGUGGUCAUGGCUCCUUCACCAGCGGAGUCUUCGGACACGGUGUUGGCGUUGGUCAGCUGUAUCUCUCCUCUGCGCUACUGCAGUGAUUUCCGGCCGUACUUCACCAUUCAUGACAGUGAGUUUAAGGAAUACACCACUCGAACGCAAGCUCCGCCUUCGGUCAUCCUGGGAGUUACGAACCCAUUUUUUGCCAAAACUCUCCAGCACUGGCCUCACAUCAUCCGCAUCGGAGACAUGAAGCAAGCAGGAGAGAUGGCCAAACAAAUGAAAGUGAAGAAACUAAAAAAUCUGAAGACUUUGGACUCAAAACCUGGUGUCUAUACCGCAUAUAAACCCUUCCUGAACAAAGACGAGGACAUUAUCAAGCAGCUGCAGAAGGGAGUCCAGCAGAAGCGCCCUUCGGCGGCCCAGAAUGCAAUUCUACGUCGAUACUUCCUGGAACUUACGCAGAGUUUCAUCAUUCCACUGGAGCGUUACGUGGCCAGUCUGAUGCCUUUACAGAAGAGUAUCUCUCCUGGAAAGUAAGGCGGUCCCCCGCAGCUGCGGCCGUUCAACCAGGAGGAGUUCAUGAAAACCCUGGAAAAAGCCGGACCUCAGCUCACCUCACGACUCAAAGGAGACUGGAUCGGCCUCUACAGGCAGUUCCUGAGGUCUCCGAACUUCGACGGCUGGUUCAGGAACCGCAGGAAGGAGAUGACGCAGAAGCUGGAAGCUCUUCAUCUGGAGGCGCUGUGCGAGGAAGACCUGCAGCUGAGGGUCCAGAAACACACGGAGGUGGAGACGGUCGACCUGGUGCUCAAACUCAAGGAGAAACUGACUCAGGCCGAGAAAGAUCAGCUUCCUGUCAAAGCAGGAACUCUUCCCAAACUGCAGGCCCACAUCGAGAGCAUCAUCCGGUCUCUUCCCGAGGACCUGCAGGGCAUCCUACACAAACCGCCGAGCCCCUGACCCUCGGCCGGCGCUGCCCGGAGAGGACGGGGUUGACCUCACACGCGCGCCCCCUCGAACGCUGGCUAACAGGAAGUGACUGCGGCCCGAGCGGCGCGGACGGGGGCGGAGCCAGGCACACUCUCAGUCUUUAUGCUGUACGUCUCACCGUGUGAGAUUAACAUUCCCUUCGCUUUUUUUAAACAUGAAGAUGCUGUCGGGGACGGAGAGAGCCGGUCUGACACGAGAACUGAAAUCCAGGGAACGUCCCCAGGUUGUGUUUCACCCCGAAAUGAAGAACGUAUAUUGAAGCCUGGUAUAUAUUUACACAGUUGCAUUGUUUUUGCUAUAAUCUGGUCGUUUCACGUGAAUAAUUAUACAUAUAUAUAUAUAUAUAUAUAUAUAUAUAUAUAUAUAUAUAUAUAUAUAUAUAUAUAUAUAUAUAUAUAUAUUAUAUGAAUGCUCUCAUUAUUGGAUCAUUUGACAUAUAUAUAAAAAAAAAAAAAGCAGAAUUACUGAAAUAAUGAUUAUAUAAAUAUAAAUAUAUUUUGUCAAUGUAAUUUGUUGCAUUAUAGGUAAUUAUUAGGUAUUUUAAUUUAAUGAAUAGUAUUCAAAUUUAAUAAUUUUUUUGGCAUUUUUUACAUUGUGCUAUUUGCAUAAUUAAACGCGUCUCCUAAGUUAUUACCAAUAUGCAACAAAUCUAUUUUUUUUGCAUUACAGAAUGACUCCUUAUUUCACAUAUUUCAAUAUAAUAUUAUUUCAUGAGCUGUUUUGCUUUUUUUUUUUUUUUUUUCCCCUUAUGCUAUGAUGUAAUAAUGAGAACUGGCACGGAUGAGACGUUUUCCGUUGGCGAAUCAUUUUUUUUAGUUAUCGUGGAAAAUGUCAACUCGCAAUAGCUCGUGAACACGAACCGUUACAUCCGUUGUAUUUUGGGGGCGAAACGUUCCCCGGAGAACUUAUUGCAAUAACCGGCGAGACCCUGCUCACCUAGUACUGACGAGGAAGAGACGCUAGCGUGAACGUGUUUCGUCGCGACGAGCUCGAGAAGCACAUUGCUGAUUAACUCUCGUAACGAAGGCCCAGAAAAGACCAGCGCCGUUUUAUUUAUAUGCAUGUAUUUAUUUUUAUUUUAACUGACUAAACCACAAAAGGGAAACAGCCAUCGCCCUUUCCUUUCCACCUUCACUAGAAAGAGCUAGUUUAGUCGCUUUAUCGCCACCGUACACUUAAACACGAGAUCUAGUCUUCAGAUACGCGCGCUUGAGCUGUAGAGGAGAAAGGGGUCUCUUUUCGGUUCCUCGUGCCUUUUUGUUUCCCCCCGAUUACUUGCAUUCGAUUAUCUUUGCUGUUUUUAGGCCCAGGCCCACUCUUUAACGUCACCUGGCGCGUUUUAAACGAUUGUUUGAGCUCGUUGCACUUUAUCCGAGGCGUCUCUGGUCAAAAUGUGCUCACGAAAGCCCGUUGUUUUCGUGGCUGUUCCACGACGUGAACGCAUUGUGGAUAUUUAGAGACGGAAACGCGAGCUUCCUGUCGGUGCCUUGAGCUUGAAAGACGAACCGGGGAAGGACCGAAGACCGCCGGCCGUCUGAUCCACGCCAAUGCUUUACUGUACGCCUCGCGGAUGUAGUUUCCUCCGUACCUCGUGAAAACUGGUUGUUGGGCAACCACCGGCGUUUUAUAUUUGAAGAACAAACCUAUUUUAACAUGCUUGAAUUUUAUAGAGGUAUAUUCUAAUACGCGGAUAGCUUUCGACGCGACGCCUGUUUGUUAUACUGAUGGAUAUUUUCUAACAUCUGUAUUUUCGAUCGCUCGUUUAUAUCGGUAGUUACUGUACAGGACGCUUCAUUUGUUGCCGUGGUGAUCAUCAUUGAGCGACACGAAUGGAAAAGAUGUUUCGGCAUAAACGAUAUUUUUCUAUCAAAGCGUUGACCACUAAUGUUUUGGGGUUUUUUCCUGUAACCAUACUAAGCUUUUCAAUGGAAAUUAUAAUAUUUGAUUGUUCUGUGACCAUCUUGAAGAACAAGGAGCCUAUAUUUUUUUUUCCCAGGUGUAAAUAAAUGUCGAUAAUGGAGCGUAAA